AUGCACGAUCGCAUGGUCUGGUUCAUCAUGAGCCUCGUCGGUGUCACCGUCACCGCCACCACAAAAUCCGGCCAGCGCUUCCAAGGCUUCCUCUCCUCGGCAAUGACCGAAACCGAACUAUGCAUCACCCUCAAACGGGCAGUCGAACUGCCCAUCCCCUCCACCUCCAACGCAACCCCUCCCCAAAACCGAUCACCUCCCCCGAUCGUCAAAAACACUCUGAUCAUCCUCGCCAAGGAACUCGUCCAGGUCGUCGCAGAGGAUAUCGACCUCAACCAGCUCAGCGCCAUCGGCGCUGGUACGGCCAACAAGCCUGGCACAGCCGCCUUCAAGACAGACUCGGAAACGCUGGCCUACGCCAAGCUAGACGCAAACGGCCAACCGAUCAUCAGAGAGAAAGAACUCCAAACCUGGGUACCCGAUGGCUCCUCCCCCACCGCCGCCCCAAACCAGCAACAACAACAACAACAACAAGCUCUCAGCGAACACGAACUGAUGAACGGACUCGAAGACUCGCUCUUCCCAAAGGGAACCGAACUCAACCCAUCCUCCAACAGCCGAAGGACCUUCGACAAACCAUGGGACCAGUUCGAGGCUAACGAGAAACUCUUCGGCACCCGAACCGACUUUGAUGAAGAGAUCUAUACCACCAAACUCGAUCGCUCCGGAAAAGAUUUCAAAGAGAGAGAACGCAAGGCUGAGGCACUCGCUAGAGAGAUCAUGGCCUCCAGCUCGGCUAACCCCCACGUACAAGAAGAGCGAGGCGGGGCAGUGGUCGAUGAUAGUGGGAUGGAUGAAGAAGACAAGUAUGGCGCUGUCAUUCGAAGCGAGGGCGCAUACGUACCACCAGGAGCUCGGAAGGGGGCGGCAGCCAAUCGGGGCACACUACAACCACCCUCCUCUACUGCUGCCUCCAAACAACCCCAGAACAUGAAGAUCACCGCAUCCAUGCCUGAACCACCUUCUCAAGCCGAGCCCAAACCGAUCCCCCCCUCCAAAUCCUCAAACACGCCCAAGGAAACACUCAACUCGAAGAUCUCCCAAGCCCAGGGCCCUUCCAAGCCCGCUUCAUCCCAUAUGGCCGUCAAUCUACCCAGCCAUCCUUUCCCCGGAAAGCCCCUCGGACGCAUGCCUUCCAAACUGAGCAAGCAACCUGAGGAAGUCGCACCGAGAUUCAAGGCAUUCGUUUCCGAUGAGAAGGAGCGACUCCAGCAGAAGAAGAAAGACCUGCUGAAGAAGGAGAAGGAGUCCAGACUGGCCGAUCUACGAGCGUUCAGUACCUCAUUCAAGUUACCCAUGGCAUUUCCCAAGGAUCUCGAACCGAUCAUCAAAAAACCCGCUCCAUCUACAACUGCUACGAAUCCGACGGCCCCUCCUCCUCCACCUGCUGCUACUGCUGCCAAGCAAGAUCCGACGACCAAACAACAAGUAGCAGCAUCGGAUGAAGCCGGUCGACGGGCAUCUGCAGUCGCCUCCCUGGCAGACAAAAACCAUGCUCGCCACAUGAGCAAACCUCUCAACCCAUCAAACCUGCAUAUCGUCACCAACAUUCCUUCCCACCAGGGCGGACGACUGAUCGCAAAUACCCACGCCAAACCACCGGUCAACCCUUCGAUCGCAAUCGGCCUCAAGAAAUUGGGACCUCUUGCCCCGAUCCCUCCCUUCAAGCCUCGGAACCAAGCCACCAAUAAUAAUAAUCCAUCCACUUCUUCAACCGACAAAAAGGGCGAGAGCAAACCAGUCACCCAGCAAAGCAAACUUGCCAGUCGGUUUGCUAACCUCCCUCCUAUUCCUCCGUUCAAACCGAAAGGAACGUCAAACGAUCCCACCGCCAAAGAUCCCAAGGCAUCCAUCAAAGUGGCCGCUUUCAAUCCUGCAGCCAAGACUUUCAGUCCGAUCCCAGGUACCAAGAACAAGGGUCCUGCGAGUCCCAGCACCUCCACCGCCAUGCCCGGAAGGAAAGCCGGUGAGAAUGGACCGACCGGACCGCCCAAUCCAUUCUUUGGCCACGCGCCCAUCAAGAAGGGCUCCUCGUCGAUCCACGUCAAGGAAGAGUUCACUCCAUUCAAGAGCGGUAGCGUGCCUGAAGCUUCUUCAGUCGGACACAUGAUGACGCCCCCGAUGCACAUGCAGCAUUCCCAGCAACCACACUACUCGCACCAUCCCCCACCCCCUCCGAACGUUGUGCCGCAGAUGAUGGCCGACGAUGAUGGGAUGUCUGGGCCGAUGAAUGGUGGGCACAUGGUCCCCGGAGGCGGGAACUCGCACGUGGCCAACGGGCCCGGGAUGAUGAUGGGAGGAGGCGGGCCGCCAGGCUCGGGCGGCCCGGGUGGAUACAUGGCCCACAACGGCCCCCAAUCGCCACUCUCCUACAACAACGGCUCCUACCGCCAAUCGCAUGGCAGCACCGGGCCUGCCGCCGCUACCCUGGGCUACGGCCCCCCCGUGCCCGUCAACAUGCCUGGCCCCGGCCCCGGAGGAUACCCCGCGGGCCCGCCCCCCGUCGUCGGCGUCCCCGGAAACCCUGCCGGGCCCCCCUUCGUCCCGCAGAUGCAAGGAUACCCGCCCGGAUCUAUCCAUCCUUCUCAGACUCAUAACUCCGCCGGAGGACCGGGAAACGCGAACGGCGGACCGCCAGUGCACUAUAACGGCAGUCCUCAGAUGGGCGGGAUGCCUGGCCGUAAGUGA